GCUAGAAGAGGUUGUAGAUGUAUAGGUGGAGCAAUGGUUAGAGCCUAUCAAUACAAUUAUCAGGAUAUUGGUGAUUGAUAUAUUCCUGAGAAGAGGUCUAAUCAUGGUCCAAUCACAAACACCUGUGUGAGUGUAAAGGUGCUUUUAAAAUAAGUUACUAGUCUACAUUUGAAGGCUACACUCAAAAUUAUUUGUAAAAAUCACACUAGUAGGCUACCAGACUAGAAGCAGCAUUUUUGUGUAGAAAGGCUGAAAUAAAACGAUGCUUCAGUGAAAACACUUUUUUUUUUUAACACAAUCUCCAUCAUUUAUGUAAAAUUGCAGCGAAUAACUUUCAUAAUUUACGUACUACGUGAUUAAAUAAUAAUUUAAUAAGCAUCGGGAAAAAAAAAAAAACUACAAACAGCGUCGGCCGUUACGUUGACAACCUGCUGUUUGACAGCUCUUGCGUCAUCUUUAUGCGCCGCGUGCGCUGCAUCUGUGGAGGACAUCGAGCAUGGGACACCUUGGCGUUUUAUGUCUACUGUUCCCAUCUCUGACUUAUUUGAAUAUUUUGGGUGCUUCAGCUCACUCUCUUCCGCCCUGCAAUGAGCAGCUGGAGUUCAGGUGUGACGAUGGCCUUUGCAUCCCUAAGCUAAGAGUGUGUGACGGACAGAAACAUUGUGUGGAUGGAUCAGAUGAACACAGCUGUGGUCACCUGGGACCUCGCACGCAGACUCCUCCGACAUGUGCAGCGUCAGAGUUUCGAUGUAAAAACGGGCAGUGUAUCCGUCAGUCCUGGAGGUGUGACCACGACCGAGACUGCUCUGACGGCAGUGACGAGGAAAGAUGUGACCAGAACGAGUGUGAGGUCAAUAAUGGAGGCUGCUCCUAUGUGUGUGAGGACCAGCUGAUGGGUUCCAUCUGCCGCUGCCCUGAAAACAUGAGGCUGAUCGGAGACGGCCAGUGUGAGGAGGUCAAUCUGUGCCUGGAGCGCGAUGUGUGUGAUCAGCUGUGCGUUGCCAUGAACAGCAGCCUCACCUGCAGCUGCCAUGAGGACUACCAGAUGAAGCUCACAUCCAGAGAGUGCAAGGCCAAAGGAAAUGAGGCUCAGCUGGUUUUCACCUCAUCUAAAGGAAUACGAGCGAUAAGCAUCACUGGCACUGAGCUCAGGGAACCCGCCUCACACAUAUCUGGACCUGGACCAGUCGGGGUCUUAGCCUCCAACCAAACACUGUUCUGGGCCCAGCAGGGACAAGGCUCGGUCUACAGGGUUGACCUCAAUGGAAAGCAGCAGGAUCACGUGUUGGUGCUGAGAUCUCAAGGUUCAGUCUCGAGCCUGGUUGUAGACUGGAUCCACCAGCUCCUCUACUGGACCAGUAUGGAGAGCGGUUCUGUUAAUGUUGGCCUGCUGGACGGCUCGGCUCAGCGUCAGCUCAUCACAGGACUGGACAAACCUUGUGCAGUGGCUGUGCAUCCUCUACAAGGGAUGCUCUUCUGGGCUCAGUGUGGCAGCUCCCCAAAGAUUUGGAGGUCCAGCUUGGAUGGUCAAAACCGAACGGCUCUGGUCAGCAGCUCAAUAAGCCGCCCUGUGGCUCUCUCUCUUGAUAUGCCUCGUCAGCUGCUGUACUGGGUUGAUCAGGGAAUGAGGAGCAUCUCCAGAGUUGAUCUCGAGGGCAGACACCGUAAAACAGUGGUAGAGUCUAACGGUUAUCUGGACCGGCCGUUUGGAUUGGUUGUUUUUGAGGGUUUUGUAUAUUGGAGUGAAGAAGUGACAAACUCCAUCUGCAGAGCCAGCAAACACAACGGCUCCAACCUCCAAGUGCUGCUGUCAAAUGCCACCUCUCCGGGAGGAAUGGUCGUCAUCCAGCCUGCUCUCCAACCAAACGGGCCCUCUGUAUGCCGACAUCCUGGGACAAUGUGCGUUGCAGAGCUUCAAGGCAUUCUUCGCACGGUUCCUGCAACAACUGUAUCUGAUCCUACAUUCUCUGGAGUCCUUUCUCUUAUCAUGAUUCUCAGUGUAUUGCUGGUGGGAAUGGCUCUGUGGUGGUGGAGAGAGGAGCUCAGCCCAUCUGUGUCGCUCACUGAGCAGAGCUUCUCCCUCAAAGAGUCCCAGGACCCGCUCAUCAUCCGGGAGCCACCCAUUGGACGAAACACACAUCCUUUUAAGGAAACUCUGGUUAAGCCGGACUUGGAAGGUGAAUGAAGGCAGCGUGUCACACAUGGUCAGCUGACCAGGCUUCCCCCGGGGCCAUCUUCACCUCGCAGUGCCCUCAGAGCAGAGGGGAUGACAGGACAGCAAACCAUCUGAAAUCAUUCAGGAAAUGACUCCAUGGUAAAUAUAAGAUUAGCAAAGGCUUAAAGGUUCAAAGAAGAAUUAGUUUGAGCUUCUGGAGUUUGUGUUAUUUUGUUGGAGAUGUAUUUUGUAUUCACUCUUAAAGUUGAGAGCAAACAUCAACAUCAAGCCUUCUUCUUUAGCAUGGUCCUAAAGAGGUCACAAGUUUAAGUACGUCUGAAGGUCAAGAUGGGAUCUGUUAAGAUUAAAAAAUUGUUUUGUUUAACCCCUAACUCUUCAGAAAAUAAGAAAUCAGCAGCUGUUGGAAAAAAAAAAUGGAUUAAGUCAAAUGCAGCUCACUUGCUGAUUACAAAUGUGUGAUUUGAUUUCAAAGCUUUGUUUCCUAGACACAAGCAAUAUAUAUAUUUAGACUAAAAGGGCAGUUAGGGAAAACUUUGCAGACCAAACAAUUACUACAUGGAUGAAAAACAAUGGUCUAAUCACACAGUAGAGUUUAAUUGCACUUUCUUUUUCCCUAUCCUUUACUUGUUCAGUGUUAUGGCUUGUUUUUACUUUUCAGCAUCAAACCGGUAUAUCAUCAUUUAUUGGAGAGCAUCCUCUUGACAAUAACUGGUGUUUCACUUGUAGCUUUUGGCCUUUGACAGUUUUUUGUGUAUGUAUGCAACUCUUUGGUCAAUAAUGUUAUCAAAUGAAAAUGUUGAAAAAUUACGAUUUUCCACACACUGGAUUACAGGAAUAGUUAAUUAUUCAUUUACAAUCAGUUUCUGGUGAAGACUAAGUUGUCAUUUGAUAACACUCUCGUAAUCAUACAUUAAAAAUGAAUGGCAAUGACAUCAGGAAGUCAGCGCUAUUAUCCAAGAAAUAGGUGCGGUUAUACUAGAGCCACUCAUUCUGUUAUUCAACCCCCAGCCCUACCUUUUUUUUUUUUUAAGUUUAACUUUGAAAAUGGCCUUCAAUGAGAGAAAACUUUAUGUGGUUUCUUCAUAGAUUUGAAUCGUCUUUAAUUCGGACAGAAAAUUUAAAAAAAGUAUACAGAAGGAAUUAAGUUUAAAGAAAUGUGUGUAUGACAUAUUGUACAGAUUUAGACAUUGAAACUGUAGAGGAAGGUUUAAAACAGCUGGUUUAAUAUCAAUAUGACUAUCAGCAGAUCGUUUUCAUUUUUCUGAAUGGGGAAACAAUCCUCAGUCUAUUUAUGCUUGAACCAUAAAAACUUGCAAGAUGUCGAAUCUUUGCAUCAUGUGCCUCUGCGUUUAAGCAUGAGUGGAUGCUCUUACCUGUUUACGUCGGUGCUGAAAUGAAAGACAAGACGUUUGUUGUAGGACGUAAUUAACUUUGAACAGAGCCAGGUUAACCGUUUCCCACAUUUCCUGGUCUUUCAAAAAGGCUAGCUUGCUCAGCUGCUAGCAUCGAUACAUAUUUACUGUACUUGUAUGAGAUAAUUGUAUUCCCCAAAUAUGCCGGGGAUGUGUGGGGGAUGAUGAAAUUAUGUUUCAGUGAAAGUGCGGGCGUCGCAACACCCGCGGGUGAACACGCUCCAUUGUGUUUUCGAGAGCACUGCUCUAGAAAACACAAUGGGGAAAAUAAAGUUAAAAUGGCAAUAAUGUAAUCUAUGAAAUCAGAGUCGAGUAUUAGGCCUGUUGGAUUUCCUUCCGAGAAGAAGCGGUGCUACACUGGGAAGAAAUGUGUGUCUUAUUUUGUCUCCUGUUUGGUUUUUCCUCUGGUGCACAGAGCGUGUGUUGUGUUGGAGUGAGUGUUUGGUUGAUGGACCUGCCUUGUUUGUAUUCUACCUUUUUCUGUGACGAUCUAAAAAUGUAUUUAAAUCUGUGGGACUGAUUCCAAUCCUUCUGCCUUAUUUUGUUAGUUUCUUUUCGACCUGCUGAGUGUGGUUGGUAUUUAUUUUAAGGGAUGACUUAUUUAUUUUCUUGCAGAAGUGCUGUAGUUGCAACAGGGAUAAGUCUGUUAGAUGCUGUAUAUGAAUCAAAUAAACUUGUUUUAUGUUUUUCCUACA